CGCCCACCCGGCCGACCCCUCCAGCCUCCUAGCGAUCUGGAGCCGGCAGCGGACAGGACAAUGCUACGUCCCUGUAAGGUGCGGCCUGCUGAAGCCUGUCCCUCACCGGGAAAUGUAGUUCCCAGCGCCGUCUGAGAGAGACUUUUUUUUUCUCAGAACUACACUUCCCGUCAGGCGUCGGGCACGAAGGCGCAACCAGGCCCCGCCCCCAGCUCGUCGCUCCCACCCCGCGCGGGAGCCCUGGGGGCGCUGUGCUUCCACCUCAUGGUCUCUGUUCCCUGUGAGCGUCCUGCGCUAGGGGGUCUGCCCCUUGCUGCUGCGAAAUCCCCGCGCCUUUCAGCCCCAGACUUCUGCUCUGGGAGCUGGCGGGGCACCGAGAGGGGUCCUGUGUCCAGUGUGUUCCCCCAAAGCAGCGUCCUGUGCAAAAGGUACUGAUCAGGAUGAAUGUGAUUUGGAGAAAUUCUAUAUCCUGUGUAAGGAUAAGAAAGGUGCCACACAGAUACCAAAGUGGUCAUCACCCAGUGGCCCCACUGGGAACAAGGAUUUUAACUGACCAAGCCAAAGUUUUUGAACACAACAUGUGGGACCACAUGCAGUGGUCAAAAGAGGAAGCAGCAGCAGCCAGGAAAAAAGUAGAGGAAAAUUCAGCUGAGCGAGUCCUCCUGGAAGAGCAAGUUAAAUAUGAGAGUGAAGCUAGUAAAUAUUGGGACACAUUUUACAAGAUUCAUAAGAAUAAGUUUUUCAAGGAUCGUAAUUGGCUGUUAAGGGAAUUUCCUGAAAUUCUUCCAGUUGAUCAAAAAACUAAAGAGAAGAUGAAAGAAUUUUCAUUGGAUCAUGUAAAAGAUAAUGCUGCGAAUUGUUUCUCAAGAAUGCACUGCCUUACUAACCCUGAACAAAAAAAUCAUUAUAAGAAAAGUGCUGGUUCAGCAGAUGGUCAAAGCAAAGCGGGAUCUGAUUUUUCCAACCUAGAUGCUAAACAACACAGAAAAGGACCUGUGAAGACUGAACUGUUUCCUGGUAGCAGUGCCACUUUCAGAAUCCUAGAGGUUGGCUGUGGUGUUGGAAAUAGUGUUUUUCCUAUUCUGAACACUUUGCAGAAUGCUCCAAAGUCCUUUCUUUAUUGCUGUGAUUUUGCCUCUGAAGCUGUGGAGCUGGUAAAGUUGCACUUGUCCUACAGAGCAGGCCAGUGUUGUGCCUUUGUUCAUGACAUUUGUGAUAAUUGCUCACCCUACCCUUUUCCAGAUGGGAUCCUGGAUGUCAUUCUCCUUGUCUUUGUGCUCUCUUCUAUUCAUCCUGACAGGAUGCAAGGUGUUUUAAACCGAUUGUCCAAGUUACUGAAGCCUGGGGGAAUGCUGUUAUUUCGGGACUAUGGAAGACACGAUGAGACUCAGCUUCGUUUUAAAAGGGGGCAUUGUUUAUCUGAAAAUUUUUAUGUUCGAGGAGAUGGUACCAGAGUAUAUUUCUUUACAAAAGGGGAAGUCCACAAUAUGUUCUGCAAGGCUGGGUUAGAUGAGAAGCAAAAUCUGGUUGAUCAUCGCUUACAAGUUAAUAGGAAAAGACAAGUGAAAAUGCACCGAGUGUGGGUUCAAGGCAAAUUCCAGAAACCAUUGCACUUGACUCAGAAAAGCUCCAAAUUGGUAUUUUUACCCCUUUCUCAUGGCUGAACUAUGUACCAUAUUAAGGUACAAACUAGAGGAUUACACUAUUCAAAGACUUCCAUAAAUCUUACAUUUUUAAAAAAACAAUCAGAAGAAGAGAAUUUGUAUAUCCUGCUGUUUAUCAAGGGUGAGUUUUUUUUUUUUUGCAUUUUAAGCACAUGUAAGUGAUUUGGAAGAGAGCAUCAUAUUCUGUGUUUUCAAAACUCAAUAUUGCUCAACUUAUUUGGGUUUACUAUGUCCAACCGUUAUCUUGAUUAUUCUUUGAAUUUUUUAAGCAUUCAAUUACAUUACUGAUAUAAGUCAGAUUAUUCUGAGAAACCAUCACCUGCCAUUUAUUAGAAGUGGAAAAAAAUCAUCUUUAUACAUUAGUUGACCUCUCCUCCAUUGUUAUCUGAUAGCAGAGAGGCAGCUUGCCUUGUUUCCAGGUAAAGCCACAAGACCAAGACAAACGGGUAUUGUUUUCUUUGUUUUGUUUGUUUCCCCAAAAACUUUUUUUUUUCAAUUCAGAGACUAAUGUCUGAAAUAGAAUUUUAGUUUCUAGUUUCUUUCCUAAAAUUGGGGAAGUAUGACCCAUGCUAACAUUUAUUUCAGGCUAUUCUUAGGUGUACAAGUUGUUAUAAGCUCUCUUUACAACAACUGUUAUAUCCAAGAAAAUUCUUAAAUUGUAGUGACUAAAAAUUUACUUACCACUUUGCCUCAAAAAGGAUAUAAAUUGAUUUGCAAGUCGCCUUUGUAAAAUGGAGUUUCUAAGAUUGGUCUUUCAUUCAUUAUACAACAUUUACUGAGUACUUACAUUGUGCUGACUUAUAUGAACUACUACUAUAUAUAAAGACAAGUCCUCUCUAUAGAGAGCAUAAAUAGUGUCUAGCUGGUGAAGCAAAACAUGCACAUUCCUAGAUAAAUCUAAAUCACGACCUAAGAUAAUAUAUGAACAAGUACUCAAAUAGGGAGUUUAUCAGCUAGCAGACUUGGAUUAUGAGCCACAGAAAUCUCUUGAACAAAGCGUCAUGGAAUAAUUCAUUUCCCACUGGUUUUCCUUUUUGAAUUCACUUAAAAUCCAGUUUCCUAGAAGAAUGUGAUCAGUGCGGUUUGGCUCACGAGUCCCUCAGCAGGCCGGGGCAAGGAAGCUCAUUUAUGGCACCACCAGAAUGGGUAGAAUGGAGGGAAAUUCCUCAAAGGAAAAUGAAGACAUUGUUUAAAAACAAACAGGGGGGGAGGGGUGCUGCCUGGUCAUAAACAGUGUGUCAGAAGGAGGCAGCAGGGCAAUAGCGGCUCUGAAAAAGAAAAAGAUCAGCUGCGGGAAGAAGUGGGGCACGAACCAGGGUUCUGGGAAGAGGCAGGUUUCAGACCAGUCCUUGAACAUAUGCUUUCAGAAGAUAGUAAGAUGACAGGUGUGUUUGGUGUGGGACAUUCAUGAUGAGAAAUAGUGAAGAAAAGCUAGGGAGGGGAUCAGUUUAUAGACAGCCUUGAACAGAGGGUGUGCACUGGGUUCUAGUCUUUGGACUAGAGCCUUCAGAGGUUGGCUGGUUUUUUUGUUUCUGUUUUAUCCUAUCCAUGGCAUGUUAUAAAUGUAUUUAGAGAGAUGAAUUGAGGAGUUACCUAUAGAACAGACUGCAGCGAGAUCAGAGGUCCAGGGCAAGGGAGACCACGUAAAAGUGUUUUGCACAUACUUGCCUUGGCACUAAGUCCUCAGAAGGACAAUAUCAAGAUUUCUGUUUAAACAUACAUCAGUUGGUAAAUGCAGAAGUUAAAAUUUGCCUGAAACUCUUAACUCAGUUGUAUUUCAUAAUAAAAAUGUACAUGUAAAAAGCCAAAUUAGUAAUAAAAGUGCUACAUAAAAUGAGGGCAGUUAUAGAUAAGUUAAUGUUUCUAUGGGAACCCCAGCAGAUCUUGUGUCUCAAUUUAAAAAUCAUGGCCCAAGGUGGUUUUAAAAACAACAGAAGGUAAAAUUAUUCUCACUUUCUCACACAUGUAAAUUGUACUGUUUCUCUCAGUCCUAAAGAGCAGAUUCAAGCCAGCCUCUUGACUGGCACAGUAAAAUUCAACUUCGUAUCUUCUGUAAUGUAUUACAGCAUGUAGUUAACCUUUAGAAACUUCAAAAAUACAUGAACCAAAUUUGGACUGAGAGACAUAAACUGGGCUCCUUUGGGCUCUGUCUAGCAUAGACCUCCAAUUCCAUAGAACUGCUCAUACGGCCAUUUCCACCACUGUCUUCUGCUUGUCUGGUCAGUGUCUCUCUCCCUUGGAAUACCUGAAUAAACCCCUACUUAGAAUUUGCUGCUGGACAAAAAUGUAGAUUUUCAGCAGAGGAGAAAAAAGGAGAAAGACCUGAUCUGGAAUAUUGCCUAAAGAGAUUAAGAAAUCAUGAAGUGCUGCAAAUGUAUCUGUUUGGGUGUCAGUUUAAGAUACUUGAUAACUACAUGAAAUUCUUAUUUUACCCCCAUAUCCAUAAAGCAAGGACCAGUUAGUUGGGCAGUGUUUGAUAUUUAAAAAUUCAUCUUCUAAGGGAACUGAAUUUCAAAAAGACUGUUUUCUUUCUGAGAGAAAAAGAUGUUCCUUCAUCUUACAAAACAGUUAAAUAUGCUAUAUUAAAAUGUACCUCCAUUUUUCUCCAUUUCUAAAAAUUCACUUUUGAGCAUUUUCCAAACGUAAAAUUUCUCACACACAUGAAGAACUGUUUCAGAAGUUUGUGAGAAAGAAAAGGUAACAGUUUCUAUUAUUAAAAGUUUUGCAUGCAUUAUGACACAUUUGUCUUAUGAAACUCCCAGUUAAUGGCGGCUUCUGAAACCUUUUCUGCUUUACUUGUCUCAGUUCCAUAUGCUUUAUCUCUAAAUUUUGAACCCAUCGAGGUUUCUACAUGAUUGCUAUACUCUAGUUUAUACAUCAAAAUUCACCUAUACGCAGAGAGCUGUUCUCCUGGGCACCCAAACCAUCGACUAUUAAACUUAAGGUAACUUCAGUUCUUGCCUGCAAACUCCUAUGCCCUUAUUCCUGUGGUUUCAACUCAUCAAAGCCAAAUUCCUGAGCCUGAAGAUAUGACACCUUGUUACUUCUAAUUGCUUUUAAUGUUUAUUAUGCUCCUCACAAGUACAGAUAACUUCACAUUUGCAUCACUAAUAGACCUCUUUCAGAGCCUCUGCUCCUUCUGCUUCUGCCUCUUAGUCAUCAGUAGAGGAUAUGUUGGUAUGGGUAUUUUCCCCCCACUUGCAAAACUGCAUUGUAAGUUCUGAAGCGCUAAGUAUGUGUGAGAUAUUGUUAUUAAUAACAGCAUUUACAGUCUAGAAGGCAGCAUACAGAAUAUUCCAGCGACAACCGUUUUCAAUGGUUUUAUGAAACCUUGUGAGAAAGACAGUAAGAUGCUAUGGAAAAGAUUGCCUGAAUCAGACAGGAAGCAUGGACCCUAGUUCCUACUGAACUGCUGAACUACUCUUAAAGUGUCUCUGAGUGCUAAGUCUUUUAUGUACUGUACUUUAUAUACUGUUAUUCCUUCAUUUAAUCCUCAAACUCCUGUGAAGUAGUUUUUAUUAUAACCAUUGAACAGAUGAGACUGGAGCUCUAUGGUAUUGGGUGACUUGCCCAAGAUAUCACCACUAGUCAGUGGCAGAACCACACUUUGGACCCAGAUCUGUCUGAUUCCAAAACCUCUACUGUCAUUGGAGCCUGUUUAAUUAAUAGACACAAGUGCUGCCUGGAAAGCAGCUGGAGAAGAAAAAGAGCUCGUGAAUCAAGCAGAGAAUUAUAGCAGUGGGUGGGAGUUUGGAUCAGAGAUCUUCAAGGUGACAACUCAUUCUAGAUCCAGUGAUUCCAUGAAAUAAGUGGGUUGUACUUGUCCACAGUUACAAACUGGGAAGGAAGAGAAGGAAAAGAACGCAGAGGAAUGACAAAGCAAAAGCUUUCAAUCAGUUCUUUUCAGCAUUCUGCAUAUGUUCCCUUCUGCUCUCACCCCACCCCCAGGCUGCAGCCUUCCACUUGGCUCCCCUCCCAGCAAGCAGAGCAUCCAUCACUUGCACACUCCUCAAGUAAAGAAAAAAAAACCAGUCUGUACUGCAAAGGAGAAAAAAGCCCAUAAAAUGUCUUCAUAGGGAUUUGGCUGUAGCAUGAUCUAAAAUACAUGAAUUCAGGGAGUGUCAGUAAUAAAAUAGGAAUGCAAACAUCUUUACUUAAAAUAUUGUAUGUACAUUAAUGACACAUUAAUGCCAAUUCAAGUGUAAAAUGUUGAGCAUUUCUUCGUAUAUGGUUUGGAAUUUGAGAGACACAAAGAUACCUACAAGAUGGUUUUGGUGUUACAAAUGUAAAUAGAAGUAAAAUAACAGUUGCAUCUUCAUUUAUGAUCAAUCUAUAUUGUAGCCUCAAAACUACAGAGAAGAGUGGAUGCCAAAAUCUUUCAUUAACAUAUGCCUUAAAUGACAGAAGAGGUGUUGAAGACAAAAUUACUUUUUCCUCUGAGUAUGAAUCAGCAACAUGCAGUAACAAGCAAGUGAUAAUAGUUCUGUGCCUGAGUGUCUACAGAGGGUAAGAAAAAUGGCAAAAUGAAAAGGCAAGUGCAGCUGUGGGAGAGGCUCAGCUUCUUUGAGCACCUCCUCACUCCAGGAGCCUCAGAGCACAGGGACCCCAACUCUGGCAAACCAGGUUGGCAUGAGAUGGAUGGAGCAUAUUAAAACUUCCAGGUGGUCAAAGACAGGCCACCCUCAGCUGCCCCUGGAGCUCAUUGAAGGCAAGCUACAGGGCACCACUACUUGUCCAAGAGUUUAGAGAGCUGGUUUGGAUUCUACAGGGCAUGUGGUUUCACAACCACUUAACUUUUAGCAAGGAACAGCUAGAGGCAAGGGAAUGAAGAAAUACACGUUAACGUUACCAUAUGGAGAAGAAAAAUCAAUACAUUAGGAGCAUGUGGACUUCAAAUAGUCACAAAUAACGUCCAGUUAGCUGUGUCCUUGGCAUCCCAGUGAUUUGUGUUUUUAUCUUUGAUUUUCUCCAGCAGAUAGGCAUUAAGUAGAGCCUGGGCCCCAGGGAAAAAAAGCAGCUUUUUUAUCAGAUUUACCUGCCAAAUUAAGUGAGCCAUUGAUUGCCUCCUAAAAAUUUCCAAACAUCACCUCUCCUACUUGGGCUGAUGGGGUUUGAUCCAGAACAAAUAUUCAUUUUGUCUACUUAUAUAAAUUCUUUGGUAGUGUUUUUCAGUCCAUUAUCUCUUUAUGAGAUACUUCCUAGUUCAUUGCAGAAAAAGCAGAAAUUAAUUUUUUUCUCAGUUGAUCUCUAUCAAUUAUUGGUUGUUUCAAAAACCAUUGAAGAACAGCAAUCACCUAUCAAGUCUUUAAGCCUUUAUCAUUGGGGAAAAGUGCUAAAACAGUGUGGCUUCCUAAAAUGAAUAAUGAGAUGCUAUUGAGUCAUUUGCGUUAGGGGUUUUGGGGUUUUUUUAGUACUAUGUACUUAAUACAUGCAACACUAGGCAAUUGCUGCCUCAUUUCUCUCAACCUGCCUCCCAAGAGUAACUUGUCUUUCUCCUGAGGCUGUCCUGCUGAACAAAAUGUUUGGCUUCAAGAAUAUGAUAACUCUCCCCAUGUUUACUUAUGCCGCAUUCCCUCAGGUGAGCUGAGACAUUGUCCCCUCAAGCAGUAUUUGGCACUCACACUGAAAAUCACCUGAAACAGAAUGACUUGAAAUUGCCAGUGUCACAUGCAGCAUUGAAGCAAGGAAAUUUCUGUCUCUAAGGAUAAUUGCUUUUCUCAUUGCUCAUACUUCUGCCUUCACAGCCCUCAUUUAUUUUAAUGUAUAUAUUCCACUUUGACUCAUCA